CAAAAAAGAUACUGUUCCUCCAAUGAUUACACGGUCUUGCUGCCACUCUCCUCCCUUGCGUUUGCGUGGUGUUUUUGUGGACGACGCCCGCCGUCGCCAGCUUCAUGUGGCUCUCGGCUGCCUCCUACCUCCCUCCCGUCGUCCCGUCCCUUCAGAAAAUCCCAUCUUCAGAAAAUCCCAUCUUUUUAUAUUGCUGACACAUCUCUGCCGGGGGCGCCCAAAACUCGCGUUGUUUGCGUGGAAUCCUCCUAUUUCACUCCACCUUCUUGCCGAGCUCAGAGAAAGCAAAUAUCUUCUUGUGGUUAGGCCACCGAUUUUGCAUCGAUUUGUUUCCUCUCCGGGUCUUGCGUCCUGUUCAGAUCCAAAGGUGCGACCUUUCUGGAAAUCUCUCGUCGUGGGGGGUUGAAUUGGAUCGAUUUCAAUCCAUUUGUUGUCGGUUUGGGCGUUCGUGAUCCGAAAGGUGGGAGCUUUGAUUGGGUUUUUCUCGUGGAGUAUUUGUGUUUGUGAGCGAGCAAGAUGCUCUACUUGAAGCAGCCGACGAGGAACUGAACUGCAGAUAUUCUUCCAGUUUUUCUCAAUUUCACGGUCAGGAUUUGCAGAGCUCUUGUGUUCGUUUGUCGAUCUGAUUCGAUGGAGGCUAUGACGGGUGGCAAAUUCCUCCAGAAGUUUCGGCUCUACGAGACCAGAUCGAAAUUUUAUCUUAUUGGAAGGGACAAGAACAGGACUCUGUGGAGGGUGCUAAAGAUUGACCGGCUGGAAUCAAGUGAGCUGGGCAUUGAGGAAGAUCCAACUAGUUACACAGAGAAUGAAUGCCAAGAACUGCUUUUGCGGAUUCAUGAGGGGAACAGAUUGACUGAUGGACUGAAAUUUGUCACAAAAUGCUACGGAAUAGUUGGUUUUGUAAAGUUUCUUGGCCCUUAUUACAUGGUUCUAAUAACCAGGAGAAGGAAAGUUGGCACAAUAUGUGGCCAUGAAAUUUAUUCUAUUGGCAAGACUGAAAUGAUCGCAGUUCCAAGUGUUAUAGUCUGGCCCAACGUGGCUUAUUCUAGGGAUGAGAACAGAUAUAAACGCUUACUUUGCUCGGUUGAUCUUUCAAAGGAUUUCUUCUUCAGCUACUCUUACAACAUCAUGCGCAGCCUUCAGAAGAACAUAACUGAGAAGAAUACUGGGCAGGUUGUUUAUGAAACAAUGUUUGUAUGGAAUGAGUUUCUAACACGAGCAAUUCGGAACCAUCUCAAGAAUACCAGUUGGACUGUUGCCUUAGUCCAUGGAUUUUUUAAACAGUCGAAGCUCUCAUUAUCUGGGAAGGAUUUCUGGUUGACACUUAUAGCUAGGCGCUCACGCCAUUUUGCCGGAACCAGAUUCUUGAAACGAGGUGUUAACGAAAAGGGUAGGGUCGCCAAUGAUGUUGAGACUGAACAGAUUAUUUUUGAAGAUACAUCUGAUGAAAUCCCACAUCAGAUAACUUCUGUUGUACAACAUAGAGGAUCGAUACCUCUCAUCUGGUUUCAGGAAACUUCAAGACUUAAUAUUAGACCAGAUAUCAUAUUAAAACCAGAUGUGGAUUACAAGGCAACUCGCCUUCAUUUUGAAAACCUUGCACUUAGAUAUGGGAACCCUAUAAUCAUCUUGAACUUAAUAAAGACUCGUGAGAAGAAGCCUCGUGAAUCUUUGCUUCGUGCAGAAUUUGCAAAGGCUAUCCAUUAUAUUAAUAAGGGAUUAACAGAUGACAACCGUCUAAAGUUUUUACACAUGGAUCUCAGUAAGCUUUCUAGAAGGAAAGGCACCAACGUGCUUGCACUGUUGACCAAGGUAGCAUCUGAUGUGUUGGAUCUAACCGAAUUCCUCCACUGUGAGAUAACUGCAUCAACAAAACCUGAAGAUGUCUCAAGUGAACAAGGAACUGUUGCCAAACCAUGUGAUGACAAAAGUAACGACGGUCCAAACGUCUGUGCAACUAAGUUGGUACCUCUUUUGCUACAGAAGGGUGUCCUCAGGACAAACUGCAUAGACUGCUUGGACCGCACAAAUGUUGCACAAUAUGCAUAUGGCUUAGCUGCUUUAGGACGCCAACUUGUUGCUCUGGGGCUCACUGAAGCACCUAAAGUUGAAUUGCAUGCUCCUUUGGCUGAUGACCUGAUGGAUUUCUAUGAACGGAUGGGUGAUACCUUAGCUAUUCAAUACGGUGGUUCUGCUGCUCACAACAAGAUCUUCUGUGAGCAAAGAGGACAAUGGAAGGCAGCAACCCAAUCUCAGGAGUUCCUUCGUACCCUUCAACGUUACUACAAUAAUGCUUACACAGAUCCUGAGAAGCAGGAUGCUAUAAAUGUGUUCUUGGGCCAUUUCCAACCUCAUCAAGGCAAACCUGCAUUGUGGAAGUUGGACUCGGAUCAGCAUUACAACAUUGGGAGGCAAGGAACAUCAAAUGAAGAUAUUGAAAGAUCAUUCAUAAAGAGGUCGCUGUCGGAUAAUAUUCUGUGCGAGAACAGUGUACCUGUAUCUAACUGCAAUGUUGGAGAAAACAGUACAGAAUUGCUCCCGAUGCAACAGCUGGAUGAUAUUAGAGAGCCUUGUGAUUCUGCACCAGAGAUCUCCAUAUGCGAACCUAACCUGUACCCCAGUACGAACUAUGCCACAAUGCCUGGAAGACACUCCAUGUCAGAAGAGCGGCAGAAUUAUUUGAAAAGAUUAGGUUACCCUGAACUGCAUUCUUCAAAUUUCCUUGACCUUGAUUUGUUGUCAUCUUCGGGAAAUUCCUGUGAUGAGGAAAUUUUCGAGCGGUCGUCACUGAUAAAUUCACCUAUGGAUGUUGUCAGUGUUGAAUCAUCUACGUGGUACAGCGAACAAGGACACACUGAAGAGGGAAGGGAUGAUACAGACCUGUCGCGCUCGAGCAGCCAACUCUCAGACUCUCGAGAAUAUUCUGACCGCUUUGCUCAAUGGGUCGCUAAUGGAGGCAUGCUUUGCUACUAGGCGCUGAAAUUUUGUAACGGAGACAACUCUGUAGAAAUUUUGCCGCAGCAGGAAGGUUCACAGCUGGAGCAGAGAAAAUGGCUGACGGCUUGGCGUAACUGCAUGUGCAGGAGGGACCGAAGAGAUUGCAGCCAUGGGUGAAGCCUCGCAUCGGCACGGCUGGUCACUGCAAGGAUGACGGUGGCUCGAUUGGGUACAGGAUUCAAUUUGCUAUGGUGAAGAAUUGACCAUAGUGCAGUCAAUAAAUAGGCGAAGUAUAUCCGAUUCUUUUAGCUUAGUUUACCUUCCCUAAUCCAUAGAAAUUAUCAAAAAGAAAAGAAAAGAAAACGAAAAAAGAGAAGAACGUUGUUGCUGUAAAUAGUAUGUUUACGGAAAUAUAAAUAUUUGCUAUUAACAGUUCUGGUA